AUGCUUGCUCGUUUCGUCCAUCUUGCCCUCUUCCUAGAGCUCGUCUCAUCCCUCACUAUCCCGACACGGAACAAAAAUAAACGGAGCUCAACUUCUCUCAACAUAGGCCGUUCACCGUAUCAUGUUGAGAUAUCGAAAGUUCAUCGUGGGAGUCCCCAGGCUCGGUCAAAAAGAGGUUACAAACCACACGAAUCCAACAGCACCCUAAUCCGUCCUACCAAUUCCAAUCUCCAGUAUGCAAUCGAAGUCAAAUUCAACGGCAUACCGCGCUAUCUGCUCCUCGACACCGGUAGCUCCGACACCUGGAUGUUUGCUGAAGAUUUCAAAUGCAGGGCUGAAAAUGGGACGUCGGUGCCCACAUCCCAGUGUAGAAUUGGGCAGCCUUAUAUGGGCGAUGCCCUACUCAACGAGGGCUUGGAUGAGACUCUAAGCAUAUACUACGGCAAUAACGAGAACCCCACAGGUCCAAUGGGAUAUGCCGAUGUUUCUAUUGCCGGGCUCAACAUUGAGAAUCAACAAGUCGCACUCGUCAAUGAUGGAUACUGGGCAGGCGACAAUGUUCUCAGCGGCGUUGUAGGUGUUGGCAAUCGUGGGUUAACAGAGGCUUUUGCUCCUGGUUCUGACGUGCCCAAUCUAUACAUGCCCGUGUUUGAAUCCUUAUACAAUAAGACUGGACAGAUUGAUCCUCUCUUUAGCGUAGCUCUUCAGCGAGGAGACGCUGGAGGCUACCUUGCGUUGGGAGGGCUCCCACCUGUGCAUUUUGAGGAGGAUUUUGUGACUACCGAGAUGUUGCCCAUUCCCUUUGGGACGAAGGGGAAGACGCGCCCUUUCUACUCGAUCCAGACUCCAGGUUAUACAUUGAACGGAAAGAAGUAUACCAAUGAGUCUUUCUUAGCAGUCGUUGACACUGGCACAUAUCUCAAUCGUUUUCCAACUGCUGUUGCGGAUAAAAUCAACGCUGCAUUUAACCCCCCAGCAGCCUAUGUUCCAUCAUACGACGUCUACGUGACUUCAUGCAAUGCCACAGCCCCCCAAUUCGGAGUGAUCAUCGAAGGGAAACACUUUUAUAUGGAUCCCGCCGAUAUGUUGGUAGACGCUGGUUAUGGCAUAUGUGCGACUAGUAUAACUCAUCUUUUAAACAAGCUCUACCACGCUCUUACCUCAGUCGGAUUCCUCUACAUCACCAACCACGAUGUCCCUUCUGCUGUGAUAUCAGAUUUAGUGGAUGCACUACCAAAACUCUUCUCGCCAUUGAUAUUGACUGAGAAAACCAAGGAGGAAAUUGCACUGCAUAAUUCCCCGCAUUUCUUGGGGUAUAGUAGUGUUGGCGCCGAGACUACUGCUGGUAGAAUAGAUCGUAGGGAACAGGUCGAAUACGCGACUGAGUUGGAUGAGACAUGGACAGCAGAGAAUGGAUUGCCAUUGUAUGAGAGAUUGAAGGGACCUAACCAGUGGCCGUCUGAGUACCCUGAACUCAGACCAGUAGUCGAGAGAUACCUCUCGGAGUUAACAGCUCUGAGCGAGCGAUUUCUCAAACUCGUUGCUGAAGCCCUCACGCUUCCUCAAGAGGUCUUCUCUCAAUUCUUAUCUGAGCAGCAUCGUCUCAAGCUCGUUCACUACCCUGUCUCUUCUUCUGCAGGCGAUAAAGAAGAGCAAGGUGUUGGCCCACACAAAGACUCCUCCGGUUGGUGGACAUUUCUCCUCCAGGCAUCACCACCAUCAGUCAAAGGGUUACAGGCACUAAAUCGUGAGGGACGGUGGAUCGACGUACCAAAUAUUCCAGGCACCUUUGUGGUUAAUAUAGGACAGGCGUUUGAAGUUGUUACGAAUGGGAUGUGCAAGGCAACUGUCCAUCGUGUGGUGAUCCCGUCUGGGCAGGGGGUUAGGGGUAAUUUGACAAAGGAAGAGGCUGUGGGGAGGCUGAGAGAACAUUUUUGGAAAUUACGACAAGAGCAAAAGACUCAAGAGAGCAAUGAGCAAGGGGCAGAUAUCGAUUCUCCGUUUUUGAAAGGGAAGUAUGAUACUUGGGGGGAGUCUCAGCUGAGAAUUAAGAUUAGGUCGCAUCGAGAUGUCGGAAGAAAAUUUUAUGGGGAUGUCUAUGAGAAAUAUCUCAAUGACGAUUGA